UUAUGAUGAUUAUUAUGAUGAUCAAUAAUAAUAAUGUACAAACAUUAACAACAACGACAAAGAUUAAUAAUCAAGAUAUUGAUAUGAGAAAUUUAACCGAAUGGUAUUUAAAAAUAUUUCCAUAUAAAUCAGUUUAUGGUUUACCAUUAUCAUUAAAUUGUAGUGAAUUGAUUUAUGAUCGUUUUUAUCGGUGUGAAAAUUCAUCACGUUUUCAAUGGCAUAUUACUAAUGAUGAUUAUUUUUAUAUGACGAAAAAAUUCUGCUGUUUUGUUUGGAAUACAAUGAUUUGUGAACAAAAUGUUGCUGCCGAAUGUUCAAAUGAAUAUUCAAAAAAAUUAGAAACAAACAAAAAAGAAUCAUUUGAAAUUGUUUGUGAUUAUAUUGGUUCAACAUAUCAAUCAUGGUCUUGUUGGUGGACAAAAGAUAAACAAAUCUAUUUUAGUAUUGGAUUUUUUAUACUUAUUAUUUUAUCCAUAUUUAUAAUUAUUGGUAUUUAUCGAAUUAAUCGUUUGAUAAAUUCAAAUCAAAUCACUGGUAAAAAAAUGAAAAACAAUAUUCAUAAUGAUAAAUUGGAAAAAUUUUUACAACCAUUUUCAACAAAAUCAUCAUUACAAACAAUUACAAUGCCAAUAUCGAUAACAAAAUCAUCAUCAUCAUUAUCAUCUGAUGGAUAUUUGGAUGAAUUAUCCGAACAAAUGACAACCAAACCAAAAAUUAUUGAUUAUAUUUAUCAUCCACAUGAAAUGUCUGGUAUAAUUUUCAUUUAA